AUGCAAACGACUGAAUUAUCCCAUAAUCUGCAGCAGUUGUCGGAGAGGGCGCGAUCGACGACCGAGUUCAUACAGAGGCUCAAAGGGAUGAGCGAUAAAGUCAACGAGAACUGCCUGGAAUUCGAGAGUUUGGUUUCCGCCCAGUGUGAUGCCCUGAUCGCGGCCAUCCAUGCCCGUAGGGCACAGCUGCUCGAGUGCAUCAGACAGGACAAAGACUUGAGAGUGCGGGCCCUCAAGGAGCAAGUCGCGACCUGCACUGCCCGCCUCCAACACACCACCGCCCUCCUACAAUUCUGCAUCGAGGCUCUGAAAGAAACGGACAGCGCCGCAUUUUUACAAGUGGGCAGCAUGUUGAUAGGUCGUGUGGCAAAUACGGAUCAUUCGUGGCACAAGGAGUGGACGGCCCCAAGGGUCUCGCCCCACUUUGACCUCACCCUCGACGACAAGUCUGUGCACAGGGCCAUAGAUCAGCUGAACUUUAUACAGAUGAAACCUUACAAAGAUGGCGAAGAACGGGUCCCUGCAGCUCCGGCAGCUCCGACAAUAAUUCCAGAAGAAUGCAGCGCCGAGAAUAAUUCUGUGACGGUGGCCUGGCAGCCACCCCCGCAGAGUCACGUCGAAGGAUACGUUUUGGAAUUGGACGACGGCAACGGAGGCGACUUCAGGGAGGUAUACUGCGGCAUCGAAACUAUCUGCACCGUGGACGGAUUACAUUUUCAUUGCAUGUACAACGCGAGGGUGAAAGCUUUCAACAGCACCGGCGAAGGAGAAUACAGCGAAUUGAUAGGUUUGCAAACCGCAGAAGUUGCUUGGUUCUCGUUCGAUCCAGUUCUCUCAGGCCCAGGGCUUCAUUAUUCGGAGGACAGUUUAACGGUGACUGGGGAAGGUUGGGAACACCGGGUGGCACUUGGUAGUGUCGGAUUUAGCAGAGGCGUCCACUACUGGGAAUUCAGCAUUGACAAAUUCGAUGCGGAUACAGAUCCGGCCUUUGGCAUCGCCAGGAUCGAUGUAGCCAGAGAUAAAAUGCUCGGUAAAGACGACAAGGGCUGGGCUAUGUACAUAGACAGGCAACGGUCUUGGUUCCAACAUGCCGGAGGGCACGAGGAACGGGUGGAUGGCGGCAUCAGUCCCGGCAGCACGGUCGGAGUACUCCUAGAUUUGGAUAGACACACUUUAGCUUUUUACGUGAACGAGGAGCCCCAGGGCUCCGUCGCUUUCAGAGACCUGUACGGAGUGUUCUAUCCUGCAAUAAGUAUCAAUCGCGGCGUCAGCGUGAGCCUCCACACAGCAAUAGAUCCACCAUCCGAUGUAGAAGAGACAUAAAUUCUAAACUUAUAUAGAUAUAUACAUAUGAACAAUUUUAUUUCCUAGAUAGUUCUUUCAUUUAAAUGUUUAACAUAUCUUAACUAUGACGUCCUUAAAUGCAAACAAAAUUAUUUCUUCCCACAUAUAUAAAUAUUUCCUCCAAACAACAAGACAAUACUUUCGUUCUCCGUGUCACACAAUAUAAUAAUAACAAUAUACACGCGAUUUAAUCAUACACCAAUUACUUAUUAUUCGGAUUAAUAAUUUUAUAAUCAUAAAAGACUGAAUGCACAAACGUUUCGAUUUCGUUCUUUUUUCGAAAUACAUAUAAACUAAGUGAAUGUGAACUGAAAAGUAUAUGUCCAUGAAUUGCUAACAACGGAUUUAGCAA